CGCCACAGCCGUGACCCCCGCCUCCCGGGCCGGGCAGAGCGGCCCGGGCCUUGUCUUGUCCUCACGGCCCUGCCCUGCUGUUCUCAGGGGCCGGCUUCUUCACUCUUUCUAUCUUGGCGUCUUGUUCUGUGGAACAAAAAUCCAACUUAAUGACGAAACAAACAAACAACAACAAAAACCCCCACCUAUUCGGGGUUAGGAAGCGGGAGGAAGUCUGUAAGCUUGGACCUGGGCUGUUUUUGCGCACCUCUUCCUAGGGCCCAGGGACAAAAGUGGCUCUCAAUCUAGCACAUGUACAUUGGAGCAGUUGAAGGAUUUAAUAUGAAGCCCAGAAGCAGAUAGUGCCAAAUAGCAAGCCUGUUAUUUCACAUUUCUGGAAAAGCAGUGUCCGUGUUGUUAUGUACACCUCCAAAAACAGUUCAGAUCUGUAGGGGAGUUGUUGUAAAGUAAACAGCUACAGGGUAGCAGUAUUAAUAGCUAUUGUAGACGUAUUUGCUCUGUUAAAAUGAGUAAGAAAACGGGCAGUGACACACCACUAGGAAGGGUGAGUGGGGCAGCAUUUCCUUCUCCCACUGCUGCUGAGAUGGCAGAAAUUAGUCGAAUUCAGUAUGAAAUGGAAUACACCGAAGGUAUUAGUCAGCGAAUGAGGGUCCCGGAAAAGUUAAAAGUGGCUCCAGCAAAUGCUGACCUGGAACAAGGAUUCCAAGAAGGAGUUCCCAACGCCGGUGUUAUUAUGCAAGUCCCAGAGAGGAUCGUUGUUACAGGAAAUAAUGAAGACAUUUCAUUUUCAAGACCAGCAGAUCUUGACCUUAUCCAGUCCACUCCCUUUAAACCUCUGGCACUGAAAACACCACCACGAGUGCUCACACUGAGUGAGAGACCACUAGAUUUUCUGGAUUUAGAAAGACUACCUCCAACUCCUCAAAAUGAAGAAAUCCGAGCAGUUGGCAGGCUAAAAAGAGAACGUUCUAUGAGUGAGAAUGCUGUUCGCCAGAAUGGACAGCUGGUCAGAAAUGAUUCCAUGUGGCACAGAUCAGAUUCUGCCCCAAGAAAUAAAAUUUCAAGGUUCCAGGCAUCGAUUUCUGCACCGGAGUACACUGUGACACCAUCGCCACCACAGACUCGGGUCUGUCCUCCCCAUAUGCUACCUGAAGAUGGAGCUAGUCUUUCCUCUGCCCGUGGCAUUUUGUCGCUUAUCCAGUCUUCUACCCGUAGGGCUUACCAGCAGAUCUUGGAUGUGCUGGAUGAAAAUCGCAGUGUGAGAAGACAAAAUGAGAUACGUUGUGAAAGACCUGUGUUGCGUGGUGGGUCAGCUGCCGCCACUUCUAAUCCUCAUCAUGACAACGUCAGGUAUGGCAUUUCAAGCAUAGAUGCAGCCAUUGAAGGAGCGUCAGAUGACAUGACUGUGGUAGAUGCAGCUUCAUUAAGACGUCAGAUAAUCAAAUUAAAUAGACGUCUGCAACUUCUAGAAGAGGAGAAUAAAGAACGUGCUAAAAGAGAAAUGGUCAUGUAUUCAAUUACUGUGGCAUUCUGGCUGCUUAAUAGCUGGCUCUGGUUUCGACGCUAGAGGUAACCUCAGCAUUCACAUAUAUUGUCUCAACACCUGGAAAUAUAAAGAAUUUGCAAA